CGCUUGGGGCCGGUGAGGGGACGGAUACCUGGAAGACGCGUCCAAUCCCCGCGGGCGACACGCCCGCCGCGCCGGCGGCGCCGGGAAUAAGAACAGAGCGCCAAGCCGCAGAGGUAAAGCUCGGGCUCGGACUCGGGCAGAGCGUCGCGGGGCCACAGUUUGUACGCAGGGCCAAGGAGACCGAGCGACCAUGGACGCGACGCGGGGCAUCGGCACCUUCGUGGUGUGGGACUACGUGGUGUUCGCGGGGAUGCUGCUCAUCUCGGCUGUCAUCGGCAUCUACUACGCCUUCGCGGGGGGUGGCCAGCAGACCUCCAAGGACUUCUUGAUGGGCGGCCGCAGAAUGACUGCUGUGCCCGUGGCCCUGUCCCUCACCGCCAGCUUCAUGUCGGCCGUCACCGUCCUGGGCACCCCCUCGGAGGUCUACCGUUUUGGGGCCAUAUUCAGCAUCUUUGCCAUCACCUACUUCUUUGUGGUGGCCAUCAGCGCGGAGGUCUUCCUCCCCGUGUUCUACAAACUGGGAAUUACCAGCACCUACGAGUAUUUAGAGCUCCGAUUUAACAAAGUUGUCCGUCUCUGUGGAACAGUCCUCUUCAUUGUUCAAACAAUUCUGUAUACUGGAAUUGUUAUUUAUGCCCCUGCCCUGGCUUUGAAUCAAGUCACAGGAUUUGAUCUAUGGGGCGCAGUAGUGGCAACAGGGGUGGUCUGUACAUUCUACUGCACACUGGGUGGUCUUAAAGCUGUUAUCUGGACAGAUGUUUUUCAAGUUGGGAUCAUGGUGGCUGGAUUUGCAUCUGUAAUUAUACAGGCUACAGUGAUUCAAGGUGGGAUCAACACUAUUCUAAAUGAUUGCUAUAAUGGUGGAAGAUUAAACUUCUGGAAUUUUGAUCCCAGUCCUUUGCAAAGACAUACAUUCUGGACAAUUAUUAUAGGAGGGACAUUCACAUGGACCAGCAUCUAUGGUGUCAACCAAUCCCAAGUGCAGAGAUAUAUUUCCUGUAAAAGCAGAUUCCAGGCAAAAAUGUCUCUCUACAUCAAUCUUCUGGGACUCUGGGCAAUCCUCGCCUGCUCAGUGUUAUGUGGGCUUGCCCUAUAUUCCAGGUACCAUGACUGUGAUCCUUGGACAGCCAAGAAAGUAUCUGCACCAGACCAGCUCAUGCCUUAUUUGGUACUGGACAUUUUGCAAGAUUUUCCGGGACUUCCUGGACUUUUUGUGGCCUGUGCUUACAGUGGAACAUUAAGCACAGUGUCCUCCAGUAUUAAUGCUUUAGCAGCAGUAACUGUGGAAGAUCUAAUUAAACCUCAUUUCAGAUCGCUCUCAGAAAGAUCUCUCUCUUGGAUUUCCCAAGGAAUGAGUGUGCUGUUUGGAGCUCUGUGCAUUGGAAUGGCUGCAUUGGCAUCACUAAUGGGAGCUUUGCUGCAGGCAGCACUCAGCAUAUUUGGCAUGGUUGGUGGACCACUUCUGGGCUUGUUUGCUUUGGGCAUUUUGGUUCCCUUUGCCAACUCAAUUGGAGCACUUGUUGGUCUGAUGGCUGGAUUUGCUGUUUCUUUGUGGGUCGGAAUUGGAGCUCAACUUUAUCCUCCACUGCCUGAAAGAACUAUGCCACUAAGCCUUGAAACCUAUGGCUGUAACAGCACAUACAAUGUGACAAAUUGGGUGACAACCACAGAAAUGCCAUUUUCUACUAGUGCUUUUCCAGUACACAAUGUGGGAAGGACUCCACUGAUGGAUAACUGGUAUUCUUUAUCAUAUUUAUACUUCAGCACUCUUGGAACUUUGGUAACGGUAUUCAUGGGAAUGCUAAUCAGUUUACCAACAGGAGGAAGAAAACAAAACUUAGACCGCAGAUUCCUAUUAACCAAAGAGGACUUUUUAUCCAAUUUUGACAUUUUUAAGAAAAAAGAGCAUACUGUAAGUUAUAAUUCUCACCCAGUAGAAGACAGUGGAACUGAUAAUCCUGCCUUCAACCAUAUUGAAUUGAACUUCCCAGAUCAAAGUGGCAAGAUGAGUGGGACUCAUUUGUGAAGCAUCUGUGAUACUAGAUGAUCUUAAACAGCGAUCCAGUUAUAUAUGUUUUCUAAGAUAAUUGGAUCAAGUUUAGAUUUCUUUUGGGGGGGAGGGUUCUAUAAUGAGUGAAGUUUUGGGGGAAACUUUUGGGGGUAAAAUUUUGUUAAAGCAAAGUGCAGACUCUUCACUUACUAUACUCAUUAAUUGAUGCUGCUCUGGAAUUAAGAGUUUCAGCAUCAGCAUUUCCCUCUAUUUCUCUUUUAUUUUAAUGAAGCUGUCAUUAUGAAAGUUAUGACCACAUAUAUGUGGAAGGAUUAACAUACACAUAUAUACACAUACUUGAUGGUCAAAAAGAGUAUUUUUAAAUUUGGCCAUUAUUAAAAUUAUUUUCCAUGCAUUUGAUGCUAGCAUAUAAGUUUUGGGGUUUGCCAAAAUCAGAAGUAAUACUGAAAAGACCUUUUCUCCUUCCACAACAUACUCUAUU